AUGGCGAACUCUUCAAGGUCAUAUUUUGACCCCUCUCGCAUAUCCAAAGCGGCCGCUCAACACUACUCCUCCUCUGAUUCAGAUUCAGAUGAUGAGCGCCUUCUACCCGGCGAAGAACAUGACGACUUUGGUGAUUUCAAUCCACGAAAGAGACGGCGUCUUGGAGGCAACAACAAGGAGCGCGCCGCGCUUGGUAUUUUCGGCUCCGACAGUGACGAUGGCGGCCCAUCAUCAAAAUGGAAGCGGAAGACACUGCGCAAUAAGGCUGUGAGCUUUGUCACAACGGCGACGGAUAAGCCCGACGCCGGGAAGAGCAACGACGACGACUACUUCGAGGACGCUCGACCAGUUUUGGGAAACGCGGUAGAAGUCGACGACGACGACGACGACGACGAAAGCGACGAUGAGGCAUCGGCUGGAGUCGGCUUAGGAUUUGCCCAGCAGCGGCUAUCGAACAUGGCUCGUGAAGGCAUUCAGAAUGGAGAAGAAGAAGAGGAAGAAGAAGAAGAGGAAGAAGAAGAAAAAGCCGACCGGCCGAGUUUCGUGACGAGUUUUCGAGGUGGCGGCGUGUUGGGAGUUGGGUUUGUUCCGUCCUCCGCCGCCGAACCUGUUUUAAAAGAACCACAAGCCAAAGCCAGCCCGACGCCACCACCAAAUAAACCACAACCAAGCGCUUUCGGUCCAAAGGCUAAAGGGAAAGUUAAUGCUAAAUCAUUUGGUGCGCGGAUGAUGGCCAAAAUGGGAUACAUCGAGGGCAAGGGUCUUGGCAAAGAAGGACAAGGUCGAAAUGUCAUCAUAGAAGCGAAUCUUCGACCACAGGGCGUUGGACUGGGAGCUGUACAAGAGAAAUCGGUGCAAGAAAAACGGGAAGAAAAGCGGCAGGCGGAAAUGCGAGGAGAGAUGAUCGUUGACUCAGAUGAGGAAAAGAAAAAACGGAAAUCCCGGGCCAAGGCGCGGAGAAAAGGUCUUACAACAGCAACCAGCAGUGGCGGAAGCACACCCAGGCGCCAAAAGACGAAAUAUCUCACUGCUGAGCAAAUUCGUUCAGCAGCCCCGGGCAUGCAUAUCCCUGAAGCUUUCGCACCGAUCCUCGACAUGACCGGCCCUGGAAGCCGGAUGUUAACAUCGACGAGCGGAAUAAUGACACCGACCUCUGGAGUAGCCGAGUCUAAAGAGGUAAUCGAAUCCAGAAAGCUGGUGAAACGAGCCCAGGCAGAUUUGACGGCCUUUACCGAAGAGUGGAGAAGCCUUGAGGAGCGCAAGAAAUGGAUUGAUCUGGAACUUGCCGAGAGGGAAAGGGAAGUUGAGGAGCUCCGUGUUGAUUUCGCACGAUUAAAAGCGUUUUCGACAUUGGUAAUUGGCCGAAUUACAACAGCAACGACGUUUGAGGAAGUAAUGGCAGCUCUCGACGAGGUGGAAGAUCUUGGCUCCGCUGUGCCUGAAGUGGCGGAUAUUGUUGUUGCCGCCAUACAUCCCUUCUUCAAAAACUGGGAUCCUUUGACUGAGCCUGGGAAGUUUACAACGGAGCUUAAAAGACUGAGAGGCAUCGUCAUGGGAGCCACUCAGCGAAAUGUUGCCGUAAGCAGAAAUGGCGAGACGUUUCACGACGGCCAAGGCGUGUAUCGGAAACAUAAGAAAGCAACGACAGCUUACGAGACGCUCAUGUACAAAAGCUGGCUGCCACAGGUGCUCGCUGCCGUUCGCAGCUGGGACGCCUUCACCCCCGGCCCGCUGCUAGAAGUUAUGGAGAGCUGGGACGAGCUUCUCCCGCCCUUUGUGCGCGCGCAAGCCGUCGAUGGCAUUGCGCGCAAGCUCGACACGACGCUGUCGGAUUGGAACCCACGCAUGAAGAAGCAGAGCCACCACCUGCCGCACAUGUGGCUUUUCCCGUGGCUGCCGCACCUGCCGGCCUACCACCUGGACCCGCGCGGUACCGGCCUGGUGUCGGACGUGCGGCGCAAGUUCCGGCACCUCAUCGACGCGUGGGACUACGCCCACGGGGUCGUGCCCGGGCUGACGCAGUGGGAGGCGGUGCUCGGGGCCCAGUGGCAGCCUCUCCUCGUCGCCCACGUGCUGCCCGCGAUGGGCAAGCACCUCCAGCGCCACUUUCGCGUCGAUCCUGCCGACCAGGCGCCCUACUUGCCCGCGUUGUCCGGCGCGCUCCGCUGGCGUCAGGUGCUGGGCGACAGCAUCCUCGCCGAGGUGCUGGCCCAACACGUCUUUCCCAUGUGGCAUCGCAAGCUUCAGGAGUGGUUGGCUCUCGAAGAAGUCAACCUCUGCGAGGUUGCGGAUUGGUAUGCCUGGUGGCGCGAUGUGGUGCUUAAGGACCUCGCGGCUUCGUCGAAGAACGUAGGCACGGAGCUGGAUUACGGCCUGCGUAUCAUGAACAUGGUAUGCUAA